GGUCUCAGGCCCCCAGGCGGGGCGGCGGGCGCCGGACCCCCAGGCGGAGCGGCGAGCGCCGGACCCCCAGGCGGAGCGACAGGUCUCGGGCCCCCAGGCGAAGCGGCGGGCACCGAGUCACCAGGCACGACAGUGGGCUCCGAGUCAACUGGCAUGACCGCUGGCACUGGGUCAGACAUUGGAUCGUCUGGCUGGACAGCGGGCAUCGGGUCACCAGGCUCGACAGCGGUCAUCGGGUCACCAGGUAUGACAGCGGGCACUGGGUCACCAGGCAUCAGGUCAUUUGGCUCGAGAGCGGGCACCGCGUCAUCUGGCAAGGCAGUGGGCUCCGAGUCAACUGGUAUGACCGCGGGCACUGGGUCAGACAUUGGAUCGUCUGACUGGACAGCGGGCAUUGGGUCACCAGGCAUCAGGUCAUUUGGCUCGACAGCGGGCACCGCGUCAUCUGGCAAGGCAGUGGGCUCCGAGUCAACAGGCACGACAGUGGGCACCGGGUCAUCAGGCAUUGGAUCGUCUGGCUCGACAGCGGGCAUCGGGUCACCAGGGCAUCAGGUCAUUUGGCUCGCCAGCGGGCACCGCGUCAUCUGGCAAGGCAGUGGGCACCGAGUCAAUUGGCACGACAGCGGGCACCGGAUCAGGUACGGAUCAUCUGGAUCAACAGCGGGC